AUAUUGGCGAUAGAGCUGCACUGAAAGAGCUGGAGAGCCCUAGACGCACUCAUCUCCGCGCGUCGCUCCACCAGGAAGCUCGCGCCUCAGUGACGUCCGUUCUCCAUCAGGUCUCGUAGGGAUCUUUGUUUUGCAUCGCUUCCCAAUUUGCAUUCGUUUCUCAGGUUUUCCAUACGACGCCCCAGCCGCCCGAAAAGCCCCGCGCAAACGGCGCGUGUACCUCCGCGAGCGCGCGUCCCCACCUUCAGCAUUCCAUCGUUCGAAAGAAUCCUGGAAAUUUUGUAUAAAUCGCCGGGUCUAGCGCUGCUACAAGAGGGAAAUUACAUGCGUGCGCCCAGCGUGCCGCGGAGACACGUGCGAUAGAGGUAAACAGCCGCCCGCGUCGCGAAACGCUCGCUCGACAGUCGCGCUUUUCACAUCGCGCUAUCGAUUAAAGAGGAUAUACAGUAGCUGCUGUUUGCGUGUCGGGUCAGUGAAUACAGCAUGUCUGAUGUGUUACCGUACAACGAGGACAAAAUGACUCAUUAUGGAAACGACGGGGACGAGGAACACCUUUCCCUCACCUGCCGACUCCUAGAUACCAACAACUUUUUCGCUGGUAACCAGAAUAAACGACCGCCAAAGCUCGGGCAGAUCGGGAGAAGCAAAAGAGUUAUUGAAGAAGAAAACGAUGGCGAAGCGUUGGAAAAGAGCACAGAGAAAUCGUCCUCAUCUGCGUGAAUUGGCCACUAAGAGACUUAACCUCCCGUGUCUAUAUCCAAAGACGUUUUGAAGAGGCACUCUCUCCCAUCUGACAACAAGCACUUCACACAUCCUUUCUUCAAUCUCCCUAACUCCAUUGUCCAGGGUUUACAGACUGAUUGGUGGACUGAAGCGGCGGUCCGGAAGAGUGGCGGGCCCAGGGGCUCGAAGGAAUACUGUGUUUUCCAAACUAUUCCGAGAUAUGUGCAAUGACAGAGUUGGGUCUCAUUAAAGAGGCCGCACUCUCUUUUAUUUUUGGUUAUAAUGAAGCAAUUAGAAAGACUGAGCAAAGUACCAUUAACAUCUAACCAGUAUCUUCCCCAUAACGUGUCGGUGCACGGUUAACCGAGUAGCCUGCUGGUGGUGUUAAUGGUAUGCAAGCAAUGGUGAUCUUUCUUCCACGGUGGACCUUUAAAGGGGUUCCACUAUGUAUGUAAAAAAAGCUAUUUAUUAAAUCUUUGGAUACAUAUUUUGCAGUGUUGAAGGUUGAGCAAACGUUUUAUAUAGAACGAUGACGAGAAGUGAUUUUGCUUUCGAUUAAUGUUUUGUAUGUAGCUUAACUGUGAUUCUCGUGAUCUGCUUUAAUGGUGAUUUCAUUUCAAUCGUUUGAUGUUCGUUUGCUAACAGGUAAAAUCUGGAAUGUCAGUUGAACUACAGUAAUCUUACAGUUGCAUUAUUAUUAUUAUUGUACAACUAUUUACUGUAAAUGUGCCAAAUGAUCCUGACAGAAAUCGAUAUUUCUGUGCUUUCUUCACGUGCACAGUUUUAUUAAUAUUUGGUGGUCAUGUUUACAGGGCUCUUUCAUACUUGUGAUGUAUUUUAGUCAUGCAUGACGAACCUCAAGACCUCAAGAACGUCUUCUUGAUUACCGUAUUUAUCUCGCAGAACAUUUCUACAGAAUAUCUGUUAUAAUAAAGAUUUCGAGAAACGUUAACCUUGUUUUUGUGACAGAUCCAUAGACCGGCUAACGCUCAGUUUAGCCCGGUUAAAUCUGUGUGUGUGUUCUCAAAUCCAAGGGACGUGACAUUUCCCCCUCUGCCACAAGCUUUAAAUGAUUCAUGCUUUGGGAUGAGCAUUGUCAAGGCACACCAUUUUAAAUCCAGUCCACCGAGAUCGUGGAAAUCACGUGGCGUGUCAGUGCAAAUAUUACAUGCAGACUGUACAUGAGUUUCCCAAGGCUCUUUCUAGCAGUCUAGAGGUACGGUUAAUAAAACGCUGGCUGGAUGGGCUGCCAUGGCAACAGAUUCACCUUGCAUGCAGAACCCACUGAAAUCUCACAUGUGUCCACUAGGGAAGCCACACAGCAGUAUGCGGAGGAAACACUGUUCAGCUCCAAUCAUAAACUAUUGCAUUAUGUAAGUACAAAAAAGACUUUUGUGCUCAUGCAGAAAUGUAGCUAUAAACCCUAAUUGGGUUGGAUUUACAUAUAAAAGCCAAUAAAAUGGCAUUCCCUAAAAAGCAAAGGUUGCGAUACAAAAUGGUGCAUUGUGCAUUUUUAAAAUGUCACAAAUACCAGGGAAUACCGUAAAAUGAGGAUGUGAAUAGUCCGAUUAUGUAAUGCACACGGGAAGUCAGCCGGUGACACAGGCUGGUGUAUGGUAGAGGCAUGCAAAUACGCAGGCUUCUAGUGCAAUUUGCAUUUCGUUUGGCUUUGUUCAAUGGGGGCUCCUGCUUUGGCUUUUAUGGGAGUGCCCUGUCCACUGGCAAUGUGACUCACACGUUAAAUUGAACCAUGGGAGGGGGCUGAGGUCAGAAUAGGGAAAUGUUUGCGGUGGUUUUGGACAUGACCUAUGGAAGGUUUCGUACAAUUCAAGACUUGUGGAAUCAAUAGUCAAGUAUGAAAAAAUAUGCUUUUGGGGGGAUUUUUUUUAACAUGGUACCCAAAGUAAUUUGUGUUUAUGCUAAUGGAAGGACUUUGUUUUUCCAUUUUAUCCAAAGUGACUUGAGCUUUAGGAACAUUGAUACCCAAUGGCCACCUGACCACAUUAUAUCAAGUCAAUAUAUCAUACUAGCAGUAAAUGAUUGAUGUCAGACGUCAUGUCACACAGUCAGCCCGUAUCUACAUGAUAAGCGAUUAUCUUCUGGUUUUAUUUCCGUAUCGAUGAUACUGGUGGUGUGCGGUGUGGAUUUGUUUGGAGGGCUAGUUGUUAUUUUGUUGGGAGUCUGAGUCAGAGAAGCUCACUCAGUAUGUACACCAUGCACACCAGAAGGCGACAUACACUGUUGGCUGACUGGGCUGUUUCCAUGGUUACCAUUACAGGUUUUUGCUCUCUUUGCUGCUGCAAGUCGUCAGUGUACGAGAAUGUUUCGGAGAGUGAUUUUUGAUGCAGAGGCUUGGAAAGAAAGCAGCCGGACAUAUGCAUCGUGCGUUCGUUCCUGUAGAGUAUUUGUGGAAAACUUGUCGGUCGUAGUUUACCAAUCCAAAUAUGAUGUAAUAGAGCCACUAAUUGGAAUAUAGAAAAUCACAUUGCAUAGCACGAUUUGGCUUUCCACUGCGGGUGAUGUAACACUAUUGUGCGGUUCCACGGAAACCAUUUAAAAUGCAUCAGCCGUCUACAGCCGUACGCACACCGUGAACAAAUAUUCCACUGCAGAAGCAAAGCCUUGCCGUAGUAGAGGUCACUUCACAAUCUAUUACAUGCAGAUCGUGUUCGGAAGGGAACGGGGUGGGUUCUUUGUCUCUCUGUGCCAAAGAAACACAGUGUAAAAGCCCUGGGCAACAUGGCUGGUAACUGUGUAAGUGAAGCUCUUGAAUAAAAUAUGUUGGUUCAGAUGGAAAUACACCAUUGGUCAGUGGGUUAGACCCACAUUGUCCUUCACAAAAACAAACUGGUAGGGCAUUGACUCGGAUACAGGAGCCAGAUUCAGGGAUGAAAACCAAAUAACUACUAUUGCAUUUUCAUAAAAAUGAAACUUUUCAUAUCACUUUCUUUUACUUGUCAUCUUGCAAGUAGAUCAUUAUUGUUUCUAUACAUAUCGUGACCUUUUAAAAUAAUGUAUUUUUCCAGUUGAGGGAGAACCAAUCAGCUAUUGAGUAUCAGCAUUAUAAAGAAACUAAUGUAUUAUUAAGAACAUAAUAAAGUAGGACGGGGAAUGUGUUAUAGGAGAAUGAUUGCCUAUCUCUAAACACAAUAAAGCACUUAUCUCUGGAUACAAAAUGCUCUGGUACAGGGCCUGUGUGUGACAUUAACUAGUACAAAGAGAACUUCUGAUGUUUUCCUCAUUUAUUUGUGAUGACAUGAGAGGUCAAACAUUAAAUUUGCUAAUAAAAUUUGUGUAGCUACUC